AAGGUUGGCAAUGUUUGGCUUAUUUUCUCUUUUUCUUUGGGACAAAUGCUUGAUUUUUUUUACACUAUCAGUAUCAGUUUCCAUUACAGCUAUUCAUCAUAUAACUUGGCUCUUAAGUAAAUUUGAUUCUUUGAAUAUUUUUUCUUAAUUAAAAAUAGAGAUUAAAAAUGAAAAUUUUCUUGCCAUAUUACUUUCCACUAAUAGAAGGGCAUGUUAUACACAAAAAUAUGCCCAAAAUUCAAGUUUUUGAGCGCUCUGGUGAAUACAAAAAUUAUUCCCAAGUUACUAAUGAAAAAUAUAUUGCAACUGUACAAAAAUUAGUAUUUUGGGGCACAAAGUGAUAUCUUAAUGAUUUUUUAAAGUGUGUGCUGUAUACUGCAUGGGCUCCAAUAUAAUUUUAAUCCUGUUGGCCCAAAAUAGUUAUAUUUUUAACUAAUAUUACACAUAAUGAAUGAAUUAAAAGUAGAGGAGCGUUUACUCACAGACUGUUAUUGUCGCCAUCUUGCCGUCUUAGUUAUCGUAGCCUAGCUACAAGAAGCGUAUAGAGGGCGACAAUAUCAUGAGCAGUGCAAAAUUAGAAUUUAAAAAAUACUUGUAGUUGUAUCGGCCAAUAAAUAUCAUGAAUCUUAGCUGAAAGAUAAUGCUUUGAGAUGCCUCCACUCAGCAAUCGAUAUGUCUCAAGCUGCUAAAUCAAAUUAUCAAUACUUGGUAUCAAAAUAAAGUUAAAAAUUUCUCAUGAUCAUCCCAUUUUGAAAAUGGCAUAAUUGUUAUCAAAUUAAAAGCAUGAAAGAUUCUGUUUUUUUUCUCCAGGUAUCACUUGAACAUGAAAUUCUCCUUCAUCCAAGAUACUUUGGACCGAGCCUACUCAACACUGUCAAACAGAAGUUGUUCACUGAAGUAGAAGGGACCUGUACUGGGAAGUAUGGCUUCGUCAUUGCUGUUACGACCAUUGAUAACAUUGGUGCUGGGAUGAUACAACCAAGCAGGGGCUUUGUUCUCUACCCAGUCAAAUACAAGGCAAUAGUAUUCAGACCAUUCAAAGGAGAGGUAGUAGAUGCUGUAGUCACACAGGUCAACAAGGUUGGCCUUUUCACAGAAAUUGGACCUUUGUCAUGUUUCAUCUCAAGACAUUCCAUUCCAGCUGAUAUGGAAUUCGACCCCAACUCAAAUCCACCAUGUUACAAGACGAAAGAUGAGGAUAUAGUAAUACAGCAAGAUGAUGAGAUCAGGUUAAAGAUAGUUGGAACCAGGGUUGAUGCAUCAGACAUUUUUGCUAUUGGAACACUCAUGGAUGAUUAUUUAGGUCUUGUGAGCUAACGUCCCAUAAUGCAUUUCAACCUGAACAUAUUUAUGGACAGAAGACACAACAUGAGUCAACUUUAUGGAUAUCAUUCACUUAUAAUUUAAUAGUCAUACAUCUUGGUAGAAUUUGAACUUUCUUUGAUUUCUAUGAUCACUGGUAUAAUGCUUACAAUAGGGAACUUUCAAAAGAAAUAUAAAUGGGAGAGAAGACAGUAGUUUCAGAUGAAAAGGCACCUGAAAGAAUUUUUGAGUCAUGUACAAUCACAUCUUUUAGUGGGAAUCAAACCAAAUAGCUCUUUAUAGAUUUUUUUUGCAGAAAUGAAUAAAUGUCACAUGGAAUUUUGGAAAGCCAUCGUGAAAGGCUGCAUGAGGCAAAGUGGUUGACACCUCUCAUGCUAUAGAGAUACCGAAAGAAAAUCAGGGGGCCAUAACACAAAACUAAGUGAUUGAUCAUACAGUUGAUUUGUACACUUGAUGGCACAUAAUGAUCAAUGUAAUCGAUCAUAAAAGUUAACCUUAUGAUGAAGCACAUUGCUUUGUAUUAUGAGGCCCAGGACUAAACAUGCACAAAUGGGUCUUUAUCUGAAUCUUCCUCCCCCAAUUGUAUUUCAAAGGUAUUUUCAUGUUAGAAUAAAUUAUUUCCAUCACAACAUCAUGGAAAAUGUUAUCUUUAAUGAAUAGCUCACAGGCUACAUCUAUUUGGCAAGGUAACUGGAGAGUAUAUCCAGACAAUGAAACUCAAGUUACAAUGUUUAACUUGCAUGCUAUAUAUUAACUCUCAAUGUGCCAUUCACUGCAAUCAGCGAGUGCCACUUUUUUUUCAGUCUAUAUUUAAAUGUUUUAUUUAUAAAAAAAGAUAAUCACUCAUGAGACAAUAAUGUUAAACCUCUUGAUCAUAAGCUGAACUGAACAAUGGAAUCACUCAUGCAUGCAAUGCACUCUUCAAAAUGCAAUAGGCAUAACAAUAGCUGUAUGACCAUUGCACGAAAAUGUGUUCGUGGCACUCCAGUGGAUGCACAGAUAUGUGUUCAUGGCACGUUAAGGGUUAAUUGGAAAUCUUGAGGAAUCACAAUAGUCUCUCAGGCAGACGUCAUUUACAAUUCUGCAGUCAAAUUUUGAAAAGUCCAAGUAUUUCCAGCUCUCAGACCGAUUUGUGUAUUGCAGAAUUUAGGUUACUUGAACAAUUGUUGAAUUAAAUCAUGGCAUUGGAGAAGGGAUGAUUUCUUCCACAAAGUAGUCAUUAUCAGUUUCUGUUAUUCACCCAAAAGCCUUUUGAAAAACAUCUGCCUCAAAAUGUUACCAAUAUAAUUCUUUUAGAAGUUUAAUGGUUACUUUAAUUCUCAGAUAAACAUCUUUAAGAAGAAGUUCAAGGUGAUAAGUGGUACUGGGUAAAAAAAAUAUCGCUGAUAUAUCGCUGAAUAUUACAACAUGCCUUUUUGCUUCUGAUGAAUACACUCUUAACCCAAUAAGUGGUUUGUUUCCAAAAGAAAACAUCUCUUGCAUAAUAAAGUUGAGGCUGCACAAUGUAUUGAAAUCAUUGAAGUUUCAAAGUCAAGAUAUUUGAAAAAUAUAAUCUUCCUCAGCCCUACUGGCACUUGAAUACUUGGUCAGGAAGCUACUGUUCAUCAAUGGAUUAAUAGCAGCAGAUGUUUAGGUGAGAGAUUGCGCCAAUAUAAUUUCUUCAAGUAAUCUCAUCUCGGUGUAUUCAAGGAUAACUCUUGGUGCAAGAAUGCCCAUUCCAGUGUAGCCUGUGAAUAGUGCAAAAGAAUAUUAAAAUUAAAAGACAGUAUGAUAAUGAAUAUCUUGAACAAAAGAAUGAUGACCAAAUGGUGCACAUUGGAUUUCACAUGAAAAUUCUGAAAUGAAAGAAAACAUGGCUAUAGGUAAUGAUUAUUCAUAAAUGCCUUUCAUGUGUCAUGAUAUGUAUGUACUUGACAAUGUUGAGUUCUGUAUUAUGUUGUAAAUAAAUUUUGUAUAUAACAUAGAAGUCUUUAUAACUUAGUAACUUUAUUAGCUUUGAGAUCAUUUUCCAAUGACCACGCGUGCAGACCAAUCUACGAGACUAAAUGAACAAAUUAAUUUUAAACUAUAGUAAUGGAUCCAGUGACUACUGAAUUAUGUAA